AUGCGCUACCAUCUCCACAUCGCGGAUGGGGGUGAUCCGUCCAGCACUGUCACUGCUGCGACGCUGUUCGCCCAUCUCACGCUGCGCUGCGGCCACCUGCGCAGCUACCUGCUCCUCAGCGCCAGCACCACCGACGCGAAGCGAAACCGCGAGGCAACGCUACAGCAGCACAACGCCGCACGAGUGGUGCAACUAGCCGCCUCCGCUGCUGCGGUGCCGUCAUCGAGCGGGAGCACCGACGAUCAGGUGUUGCUAGCCGCAGAGGCGCUGCUGCGCGGAGAGAAGCAACUCCGCGCGCCUCUCGGCGACGAGACGGUGUGGGGCGGCUCCAUCGCCGCCGUGAAGGACCGCAUCCUCCCGUACCACUGGUUCGGCUGCAACUUUGCUGAGUCGGAAGCCCACCUCGCGAGAUCAUGCGGACGCUACUUUGACUUCAUCGCCACUGCUGAUGUUGCGAGCUUCGACUACCUCCUUGACUUCUACCUCGCGCUGCGUGCGGGGGAGGCGGAUGGGAACAUCACCGACAGUGCAGUGCCGCGGCGCCGGCGGAAGGUGGGCCUCGUCCAUAUUCUUUGCGGAGAGCCUGCGCGCGCUGGGCACCUGCUGCAGCGUUUUUUAGAGCUUCUGCUGGAGGUGGAUAGCAAGGCACCCGAGCUGGCCGAGGAGGACGCGGUGGGUGAAGAUGAGGGUUUUAUGUGGAUUAAUCGCGCUGAUGGAGUUGUUGCGCAGCUGUAUCAAUUGUUAGGUGUCAACGUCCUUUUCGCAGUGGUAUGA